AUGCUUACGUGUGAACGAGACCUCGGCAGGUCCCACGUCAACGGUAGACAUUGUCAUUCUUUUAACAAUUCAUUCUUUCAAUGUUUCUAUUUCGACAAUUGGUUUGGUGGAGAGGACUGUGGAAUGGACAGAACCAAUAUUCGAACCGAACCCCCAGAGGUCCGAGUUUUACUACAGCAAACAUCAGUUUAUUCGGCUUGCCAUCUAUCCUAUCUAUCUAUCUAUCUAUCUAUCUAUCUAUCUAUCUAUCUGAGCUUGAUUUUAUCUAUCUAUAUAUCUACCUAUCGAAAAUUUCCCAAAACGUACUUCCUGUCCCAGUGUCCCCGUAUGAACACUCACUUAAAUGUAAGCGAUAACACCAACAACCCGACUCCCCCCACGACAAAUCCUCCUAACCUUAAAGCCAACCGCCAUGUUGUUAUUUCUGAUGCAUUUGCUGACCGAGAUUAUAUCAAUUGCAAAUAUUUUAUCUAUCUAUCUAUCUAUCUAUCUAUCUAUCUAUCUAUCUAUCUAUUGCAUUUUCAAAUCUAUGCAUCCAUCACCCCGAUCAACAUAUAUAUGCUUUUCUAUCUAUCUAUCUAUCUAUCUAUCUAUCUAUUACAUCAUAUUUAG